AUGGACCCAGAACUGCAAGGCUCGUAUGCAUACACGGACCCUCUGAAGGGAGUGUACUAUGGACCUGGUUGUUUGAAGACCGCAUUGCCGAAAUUGUUAUCAACGCUCGGAGGAAAGAAAGCACUCGUCGUCACUGGUCGCAGCUUACAUACGAAGACCGACGUUGUACGCAAAGUCGAAGAUGUCCUCAAGUCACAAAAUGCGUAUGGAGAAACAUUCUGGGAGAUCGGAGAACAUGCGCCUGUUGCAGGAAUCAACGCAGGAAUAGAUCUCUUCGCUCGAGUUGGUGCGGACAUCAUUGUAAGCGUCGGAGGUGGCAGCCCGAUCGACGCCGCCAAAGCGAUUGUAUAUCGUCUUCAUGAACGUGAUCUGAGCAAGCGAUUCCUCCCGCAUAUCGCGAUCCCGACAACAUUAAGUGCUGCAGAAUAUACGGUCGGUGCAGGGUACACGAAUGAAAAGGGAGAAAAGGUCGCUGUAUCAGAUCCGGAGCUUGCACCAGCGGGAAUCAUCCUUGAUGCAGAGCUCACUCUCGCGACUCCUGAACGCCUAUGGCUCUCAACUGGUAUGCGCGCAGUGGACCAUGCAGUCGAAAACCUGUACAGACGAGGUGUACCCUACCCUCUCAAAGUCCUCUGCUAUGAUGCUCUCGCAGCAUUCUUCAUGCAUCUCCCAGCAUCCAAAUCUGACCCUUCCAACAUUGAAAUCCGUCAAAAGCUUCAAAUCGCCUCAUGGAUGAGUCUCUGGCCGCUCAAGCAGGAAGGAUACGCCCCGGUUGGACUCUCACAUGCUCUAGGACACCGACUAGGAGCGAAAUACGGUAUCCCGCAUGGAAUCACUUCAUGUCUUACCCUCGCUCCGGUCGUAGCCCUCCAAGCACGUUUCGCAGCACCAGAACAUAAACGCGCGCUGGCAAGAGCUGCAGGUCACCUCUGUAUUGAGUCUGCUGGAAGUGAAGAUGCAGAUAUUCAAUUGCUAGCGCACGCGGUUGAGCAUUUGGUUAUCAACCUCGGGCUGAAGACGGAUUUGAAGGCUUGUGGUGUGCCAAGGGAGGAUUUACCGACUAUUGCGGAGGGCGCAUUGAAGAGCAGGGAGGAGCCCCUAUUUGGUGAGGUCGUGAAGAUCCUUGAGAGCCUCUAUCCGGAUUAG